AUCCGUCCCACGUUUCACGGAAGGAAGAUUCAGGGUACUCUCGAGGCUCAUGACAACGGUUUUAGAUACCCUAUUAAGGCUCACAACAAGGGUUCUAGAUACUCAACUUCAACGUCAGGUGAAAGUGUGGAAAUUUUAUUUGCUAAUAUUAAACACGCGUUUUUUCAAGCAGCUGAGAAGGAAUUGAUUACUUUGCUUAACUUUCAUCUUAACAACCAUAUAAUAAUGGUUGGAAACAAGAAAACAAAAGAUGUUCAAUUUUAUGUGGAGGUUAUGGAUGCUGUGCAAACACGAGGUGCAAAGAGGUCAGCUAAUGACCCAGAUGAGAUUGAGGAAGAACAAAGAGAACGUGACUGUAAAAACAUGAUUAAUAUGGAUUUUCAAAAUUUUGUUAAACGGGUUAAUGAUGUACCGAAGUUCAAAGCGUUUGACCUGCCUUUAAGAGAGCUCGGGUUUGACGGGGUGCCUUAUAAGGCUUCAGCUUUCAUUGUACCGACGUCUAGUUGUUUGGUUGAGUUCAUUGAAACUCCAUUUCUUGUGGUUACUUUGAGCGAGAUCGAAAUCGUGAACCUUGAAAGGGUCAGCCGCCUCGGACAGAAGUAUUUUGACAUGGCAAUUGUGUUUAAAGAUCUCAGGCGUGACGUGCGUUGUAUCUGUUCAAUUCCUUCAAUGUCACUUGAUGGUAUUAAAGAGUGGCUUGACACAACUGGCAUAAAAUACUAUAUAUGAAAGUAGAUUGAAUAUGAAUUGGGGGGCUAUAUUGAAAACAAUCACUGAUGACCCGCAAAAGUUCCUUGAUGGACAGUGCAUCAUUGGUAGAAUAUGAUGAUGAGGAAGAAGAGUACGACAAAGGAUCUGAUGAAUCAAGCGAUGCUGAUGAUGACAGGGAGUAGGAUGUCGAGUCAGAUAGCGAAGAGGAGCAGAAAAGAAAGACGAUAAAGACUUGUGGCAUGUUGGGAAGUUGUUUUGGGACUUGUUAGUUUGAAAAGCAGCAGUAUUUUGUCUUUUAAUUAUUUAUUAAAGUUGAAUCUGGUCAAGACUUAUUAGCAAACUAACCAGCUAGCUUUCGGGUUUCAAAUGGUAUUCCAUUUCCAUCUAUAUAUUAUCUAGUGAGAUGUCUUUUUUUCUUUGAUU